AUGAAUACAUCGGUGCUAAAGAAAAACAUAACUCUCAAGGGGAAGUUGGGGACUGUCCUAGAACUCAAGUCUAGUCCUGAAGAAUUCUUGAAUCUCUGGAAGGAUCAAGCCCACCAGGUUGCUAACCAUUCUCCUACCAAUAUUCAAGGAGUUCACGUCCAUGAAGGUGAUUGGGUCACUCCUGGCUCCAUCAAGGUCUGGAACUACACAGUGGAUGGAAAAGUUGAGGACUUUAAGGAGAAGAUUGUAUUGGAUGAGGAGAAGAAGAUGGUAACUAUUAUUGGUCUGGAAGGUGAUGUUUUCAAGAUUUGCAAGGUCUAUACUGCCAUAUGGGAACUUAUAACCAAGGGCCAAGGAAGCUUGGCAAAAUUGACUCUCGAAUAUGAGAAACUGAAUGAGAAUGUUCCUGUUCCUCAUAAUUACACGGAUCUGGUGAUUAGCAUGACUAAGGAUAUUGAUGAAGGAAUCUCCAUGGCAUAA